UGGCGACACUUGCCCAUAAAGAGACUCCAUCCGUCAUGUCAUGUCAUGUCAAUACUAUCCAUACAUGUGCUUCGGUGUAGUUCAACUUUGUUUUUGUUUACAACACACAGCCAGCAAUUCGGUUCUUUUAUAAUUGAAUAAUUCCAUCAAAAAGUAUAAAAAUCUGCUGGAAAUAUGGAUUGGGAAGAACAAGAUCAAGUUAAUGAAGACUUAAGCUCAAACAAUGAAAAAAACAGCGAAAAUGAUGGGGAUGACGGUGAAGAAACUAAGACCGAAAGAAGUACGAUUCGAUCAGAGUUGAAGACCAUGUCGUUUGCCGAAUUGCUCAAGCUAAAAGAGGAACUUGGUUCAAAAGUAUAUAAUGAAGCACUAUUUGGUGAGGAAUCAACACCGAAAAAGCGAAACAAAGCUGUGAAGCAUCAAACCACAUUCAAACGAGAGAAUAAAAAUCGGCCACGAGAAAUUUCUGCAAAAAAGCAAGUGCCGCUGCUGGGAAAAUCUAAGCCAUCGAAAAAAGACCAGGGACCUCGUGAUCCACGUUUCGACAGCCAAUGUGGUGAAUUUGACCGAACCAAAUUCAAAGAAGAUUAUGGAUUUGUUAAUGAAAUUCGCGAAAAAGAAAUUUCCGAACUGAAAGAGCAACUAAAACAUCUGAAGGAUGAUCAAGCGGACGAAAAGUCAAAAGUCAAAUUAUUGAUACAACGAAUGCAAAAUCAGAAUUUAGAAGAAAAGAAACUGAGGGAACGAAAACAAGCAAAAACUGAAGAGAGACAAAAGAAUAAGGAUGCCAUAAAGAAUGAGCGGAAACCAUUUUUCAUGUCAAAACGCGAGCAAAAAGCGCAAGAUUUGGUCAAACAGUUUGAAGAGCUUAAGAAAUCGGGCAAACUGAAUAAACAUUUAGAAAAAAGACGCAAAAAGAAUAUGUCGCGAGAUCGAAAAAAAUACAAUUUCGAUUAAAUAUAUUUAAUAUAUAGGUAUAGAAAUAAAGAUUCUUUUUUAUUUCAAUGAAGAA